AGUUGUUUGGGAUUUUUGUUUAGUCUGUCAUCAUCUCUAUCUGGUGUUCCCAAUAAUCGUCAGUUUUGGGUGUGCUUUUUUUCGUCGAUACACGCGUUUGGUGCGUUGCACGCUGGAUGUGUUUUGGUGUUUUGAUUCGUUCGCAUUUCAAAUCAAACUCUUCCUCUUAUAAAUACAAACACGUACGGCGCGAAUGACACGCUUGCAAAAAAGAAAGAGAAAAAAUAGUUGCAAUUUGUGUUGUUUUUGUUAGAAAAGUCAUUUUUUGAGUGAUGAACGGCAAUUGAUGCGAAAAAAAAACCAGCAAAUAUCUUGUACAAAAAGAAGUGGUUUGAAUGAACUGUGACUAGUGCAAUUUUGUGCAAAAUGCACUGUAACUGAAGCUAUUCGUGGAGUGGAUCAACAUUUUUUUUUUCUCGGCCGAAGCAAUUUUCGACUAAACGUGCCGAAAAAUCGAGACAAAAAAUAGUGAACUGAAGUAUUGCAAGUGGAACAUUUGAUUUAUUCAAAAAGGAUAUCAGUUUGAGUUUUGGGAAUUUCGAAGAAAACAUUAACAGCAACCAUGUCACAAAUACUGAUGAAAAAUCAAAGUGAUCACAUAAAACGUCCAAUGAACGCCUUUAUGGUGUGGUCACGCGGCCAACGACGGAAAAUGGCCCAAGACAAUCCAAAAAUGCACAAUUCCGAAAUAUCAAAGCGGCUCGGUGCCGAAUGGAAACUACUCACUGAAUGCCAAAAACGUCCAUUCAUCGAUGAAGCAAAACGAUUGAGAGCGCUUCACAUGAAAGAGCAUCCGGAUUAUAAAUAUCGGCCGCGUCGAAAGCCAAAAACCUUAGUAAAAACGCAAAUUCCAGCAAAUCAUCAGAAGCAUCUGCAUUCGCAUCAUCAUCAUUUGGCUGGUGGUGGCAAAGAAUCGCAACCGCAUCAACAGCAAACGCAUCCGCAGCACCAAGCCACGGCUCAAGUGCAACAUCUUUCACCAAAAUAUCCGUUCACCUCAUCGCUUGAGCUAACACUUGGCCUACCACAUCGUACAUCGACCUUCCCAUUGAGUAGCCACUAUCAAUUGCCCGCCACACCGUUGGACACAACGCUUGCCCUCGAUCUACAGGCUCGUCUACAGCAAAUGUACGGUUCAUUGUAUCCACCGUGGCGAUAUUUCAGUGGAUGUCCAUCGGCAGCAACAGCAGCCGUCGCCGCCGCUGCAAUCAUACCCAACGACAGUCAAUCAUCACUUUCACCCGUUGGUUACUGUGUUAAGCCAAACAAACGAAGCCCAUCACCUGUAACCGCCACAAAUUCACUUCCAAGCGUUAUAUGACCAACUCCGUUGCGCUUCAGCGCCGAACCAACCGUCUAAGUCUCCAAAUAUACCAUAGAAUUCUAGACAAAUUUUCACACAACACUUAAAUCGACACUUAAUUGCCUGAGAAGACACAACAAUCCGGUGGGUGCGAACCAAAUCGAAAUGCAUUCGCAAUGAUCAACAACAUUUUUACAGUGUUUUGAAAAGAGAGAGAGAGAGAGAGAGAAAACAACAUCGAUCAGUCAGUGAUAUAUGGUCGUGUGAAGAAAAAUAUGCAUCUUAUUGAGUCACCCUCGUGUAUCACUGCCAGAUUUCAUUCUCGCUUCAAUUGAGUGUCAAAUGGUUCUCUUUUAAAUUGUAAAUGAAACACUUUUUCUGUGCAAUUUGUGCCAUGUUUUUAGAUAAAAAUGGUUUUGAAAAAAAAUGGUUUUGGAAUGACAAAAAAAAGCGAUUGAAUGAUCGAGAGAUGCAGAUUUUUGGAUAUGAAAACGUGAAAAUCGGCUGAGAAAUGUUGUGUGGCAAAACUUUCGAAUUCUUCUACUUCAAGUGGAACAAUCCGUAAAAUAAGAAAAAAAAAAUAAAAAAAAUUUAGUGAAAAUAACAAUGACUAAAGGAAAGACUAAAGGAAAGAAAUGGCAGGUCGCCAUCAAUGUAUCGAAGCGACUUGAAUGCGACAAAUUAUGGUUUAAAUUGUUGUUGAAAAUAAUUUGUGAUAAAACGUUCAUAUCAAUUGAAAAUAAAAACAAAAAGAAAUGACAUAAAAACAUAACUUAUAGGAUAUCACAAUGAAUCAAACAUAAAGGCAAACUAAUGUUUAAAAACAAUGGAAACAAUUCUGAAUCCAAUUUAAAAAGAUGCAUACACAAAACAACAGAAUUAAUCGUACACACACAAUUUAGGGUUUAAUAUAAGUUGUUAGAUAUGCACUGAGCUCAAAAAAUCAUAUGAAUAAAUGAAAGCAAAAUCGUUUUGUGGAUGUAAAUCUUUGCGUAAUGUGAAUUGAAGAGGCGAAAAAAGCGAAUUAUUUCAUUUCUAGUGGUAAAUUAUGUAGAGAAAAACAGGUUGAAAACACACACACACACACACACACACACACAGCUGGUAAUCAAGCAGCCAACACGGAGGGUAAUCACUAGAGACCGUUGAAUUGUUACACACUUCAAAAAACAUUUCAUACUCUGUGUGCUCGGAAUUUUCCGGUUGAAAUUCAAUUGGCAAAGCCAUUCAACAUAUAUUGUGAGGCUGCAAUCUCACACCCGCACACAACUCAUACGGCUAAUUUCCAUUGUUUAUGUUAUCGGGGCACAUAUCAUAUUUGGCGCCGGUAUUCAUCAUGCAAAACAAAAGCACCACUCAAAUGUGCUGAAAAUUAGUUCCGUCCAUUUGAACUCUCGAUGAAUCCCGUCAUUCCAUGCACAUUCACUCUCCGUAUGUAUUUUAUAAACAUAUCGGAUCCCGGAACAUAUUCACAACAGUUUACGCACCGAUUUUUGUUCUACACCGAUGUUUCAAUUCAGUUUAUGAUUUCGAUUUAAACGAAUCCAAUUCGAUUUGAUGUUAUUUUUGGACACUUCAUUCAAUUGGCAGCAUAACUUUUUCGGUCUAUUCAAUUGAUUUUAAUUUUGUUGCAGUUUUAUUUGAGAAUUUAUUAAAUUAUUUCAUAUUUUAUUGGAUUAUUCGAUGAUUUAUUGAAUUAUUUUACAAAAUUAGUGUUGGCAUUCGAACGAAAUUUUUAAUUUCAUAUCGAAAAAAGUUUCAAAUACAGAUGUAUUCCCACUAGAAGUGAUUGACUGAUGAACAAAAUUCGUUGAUUGAAUCACAUUCCGGCGCUGAUUUAUCUUUUUUUUUCUCUACAUUUACCUUUUGUACACCACUUUAUACCUUUUCUUGUAAAGGAGCAAACAAUUUCAGCCAAUUCAAGAUUGAUUUUCUCGAGUGUUUGUAAAAAGUGAAACUUUUUCAAUGAUUUUUCUAACUUUAUUUUCCUGUGUAAGUCAACAAUGUUGACCACACAUUUUUACUCUCCUUUUUUGGCACCAAAUAACAUAGAACAUACCCCAGUAUUAUGUUUCAAACAAAUCAUAAAAUGUUUCAUUUCCCACGACCCAAAAAUAUCUAUCUACCUGAAAACAAAAGUAAAAUUAUGUGCACGUUUUGGUUCAUCAUUAGUGUAAGCCAAUGUGUAUUACAAGUUAGGCGAACUAGUUUGACGUGGAAUGCGCGGGCGAAAUAUUUGUUCGUUGCCGCCGCCGUCAUCGUCGUCGUCGCUCACUUACAAAAAAAUACGUAAUUUUAAAAUGAUUUUAUAACAGACACAGCACAUAAACACACACACACACACAAACCCACAAAUUUUCAUCUUUUUUGCUAUGAACGAAUAAACAUUUCUAGAAGGCAACAUUUAAGUUUAGUCCCAGUAAAACAACAAAAUGACAAAUAGCAAUUCAUUUGAAUUAGUCAGACAGAAAUCCAUGUAAUUUUAUCGAAUGAAACACAAUUGUGACACUAAAAUCAUAAAUUC